GACAGACUGUGGCAAAGUUCCAGGCAGAGGCUGUGGAGACAUACCUGGGGCCAAGGCCCACACUAACCCUGUUGGCACCCUGGGACCACAUGAGGAUGCUGCUGUGGCUUCUUAUUUUCCCUGCUUGGGAUUUUGGGGCUUGGGGGGAUUCCCCACUGUUCUCCUGGAAUGAAACCCAAGCCAGAGGAUUAUCAGAGGGGCUUCUAGACUUUUUUGUUGGCAUCUCUCAGCUCAUUCACAAGGGUCAAAAUGAAGCUCCCACCAUUGUCUCCCGCAAGGAGUGGGGAGCGAGAUCACAGACCUGCAGGGCCCAGCUGACACAACCUGUGGCCUAUGUCAUCAUGAACCAGCUCACAGGGAUGGAGUGCCAGGAGCAGGAUGUUUGCAGCCAGAGGCUUCGGGGCUUUCAGUCCCAUUCUGUCUACACCAAAGGCUGGUGCGACGUGGUCUACAACUUCCUGAUUGGGGACGACGGCAGGGUGUAUGAAGGUGUCGGCUGGGAUGUCCAAGGCAUGCAUACCCAGGGCUACAACAACAUCUCCCUGGGAAUUGCCUUCUUUGGCAAUAAGAUAGGAAGCAGUCUAAGCCCUGCUGCCUUAUCAGCUGCAGAGGACCUGAUAUCCUAUGCCAUCCAGAAGGGUCAUCUGUCACCCAGGUAUAUUCAGCUACUCAUCUUGAAUGAAGAGGUCUGUCUGGUCCCUCAAAAGCCAGUGAUGCCUAGGAAAGCUUGCCCCAACAUCAUUUCACGGUCAGUAUGGGAAGCCAGAGAGACACACUGCCCUAAAAUGAGCCUCCCAGCGAAAUAUGUCAUCAUCAUCCACACCGCUGGUACAACCUGCAAUGUAUCCAUGGAUUGCCAUAUUCGUGUCCGAGAUAUACAAUCCUUCCACAUGGACACACAGCACUUCUGUGACAUUGGAUAUCACUUCCUGGUGGGACAGGAUGGUGGUGUGUAUGAAGGAGUUGGCUGGCAUAUCCAAGGCUCUCACACCUAUGGCUACAAUGAUAUUGCCUUAGGAAUUGCCUUCAUAGGCAACUUUGUAGAAAAGCCGCCCAAUGCUGCAGCCCUGGAGGCAGCCCAGAACCUGAUCCAGUGUGCAGUGGACAAGGGGUAUUUAACUCCCAACUACCUGUUGGUGGGGCACAGUGAUAUUGUCAAUACACUGUCUCCUGGGAAAGCUUUGUACAACAUCAUUAAGACUUGGCCUCAUUUCAAACACUGA